CUGUCCUCGUCCUCUCACUGUCACUCACUCACUAUAGCCAGUCUCUCCGAGAGUGUUUCCAGUUUCCACCGACCAAUUUUAGUGAGAUAAACAGAGUGCUGUACCGAGACUGAUCGAGAGAGAGAGAGAGAGUGGAGAGAGUACCGUUGCAAAAGGGUAAAGCUUUCUUGGAGAGCAAUGGGGGAAAAAGGAAUCAGAGUUAUAUUUGCAACUUCUCUGCUCCUAAUGCUUCUGGAUUUCUGCAAGGGAAGCACAAUUGGUGUUUGUUAUGGAAGAAAUGCUGAUGAUCUCCCAACACCGGAUAAGGUAGCGCAGCUGGUUAAACUUCACAACAUUAAGUAUCUGAGGAUAUACGAUGCUAACAUCCAGGUCCUCAAGGCCUUUGCCAACACUGGAGUUGAGCUCAUGGUUGGGAUUACAAAUUUGGACUUGUUGCCUUUUUCCCAAUUCCAAUCCAACGCAGACACCUGGCUAAAGAACAACAUCCUUCCCUACUACCCGGCCACGAAGAUCACCUAUAUAACUGUCGGCGCUGAAGUAACAGAAGCAUCCAACAAUGUUUCUUCUAUGGUAGUACCGGCAAUGCACAAUGUUCAAACAGCUCUAAAAAAGGCCAGUUUACAUAGGAAAAUUAAGGUUUCAACUACCCAUUCUCUUGGUGUUUUGUCUCGAUCAUUCCCACCAUCUGCUGGUGCUUUUAACAGUAGCCAUGCGUUCUUUCUGAAGCCUUUGUUGGAAUUUCUUGCUGAGAACCAGUCUCCAUUCAUGGUCGACAUAUACCCUUAUUAUGCUUAUAGUGAUUCCCGUAAUAAUGUCUCUCUUGAUUAUGCUCUAUUUGAGUCGUCCACUGAGGUUGUCGACCCAAAUACUGGUUUGCUGUAUACCAACAUGUUUGAUGCGCAAAUUGAUGCCAUUUAUUUUGCUCUGAUGGGGCUGAACUAUCGGACAAUCAAGAUUAUGGUUACUGAGACAGGGUGGCCUUCUAAAGGGUCUGCUAAAGAGAAAGCUGCAACUCCAGAUAAUGCCCAAACGUAUAAUACCAAUCUGAUACGCCACGUUAUCAAUGAUACAGGUACUCCUGCAAAAUCUGGACAGGAGCUAGAUGUAUAUGUCUUUUCAUUGUUUAAUGAAAAUCGGAAACCCGGGUUGGAAUCAGAGAGGAACUGGGGUUUGUUUUAUCCAGACCAAACAAGUGUCUAUAGCCUUGAUUUCACUGGGAAGGGUGCUGUGGAUACGACCACACAGGCAAAUGUUUCCAGUUCGAGUGGAAAAUGGUGUAUUGCUUCUUCUACAGCUUCAGAAGUGGAUUUACAGAGUGCCUUGGAUUGGGCUUGUAGUGCUGGGAAUGUGGACUGUUCUCCUAUUCAGCCCAGUCAGCCUUGUUUUGAGCCGGAUAAUCUAGUUUCACAUGCUUCUUAUGCGUUCAACAGUUAUUUCCAGCAAAAUGCAGCUACUGAUAUUGCUUGCAGUUUUGGGGGAGUAGGGGUUAAAACAAACAAGAAUCCAAGCUAUGACAAGUGCUUGUACAUGACAGCCGGCAACAAAACUGCCACAAGUAAUGGGACAACAACAGCAGCUCAUUCUACUUCUUCCUCCGCUCGAACUGUAUCUUCUCUGUGGGUUUCUACCUUUCUGCUGUUGGACUUCAUCUUGUUUUGCUGAAUCUCAGACAAUCCGGUGUUGGUACUAGAGCAAGCAAGAGGCCGGCACCUCCAAAAGAUGGUAUGAGAUAAACAUCUCAUUUUGUUGCAAGGCCAAGGAUGUAUCGCUGUGGAGCAAUCGCCAUCCCUAGUUUUGUAAGAUAUUAGUUGGUGCUGAGCGCUUAUUUGUUGAUUCUUGUAUGCAUAUAUGAUAGCACAGCCAUGGAUUGGCUACUAAACUUGGUGAAUUGUCACCUAAACUUUAGUGAAUCGUCACCUUGUACCUACUUGCUGUGUUGAGGACUUUAGUCUGGGUUGCAGCUAUGUCUCAUGACAUACUUUUUGCCUCUA